AGGUGAACAUCGCCUCAUGGGAAACAGUAGCGCACGCGCUUGGCACCGUCUGGAAUAGCUUUGAUUGCAAGCGCCAGAAAAUGGCGUCUGGAGGAUACCCUCCUACCUCAGGAAGUGGACAAGGUGGUUAUUCUGCGAACCCGCCGCCUGUAAUGAUGCCUGGAGGUUAUCCGGUUUCAGGAAUACCAAUGAUGCCACCUGGAUAUGGUCCUGCUGGAAUGCCUCCUUUUCAGCCUGUUGCCAUGCCAACUGGCCAGCCAAUGGCUUAUCCCCCAGGUGGCAUGCCAGGGAUGCCUUUUCCUCAGCAACUUGCCCAGCAGACUAUGGGACAGCAAGUGACUGGAACAUUUCAGCCAUUACCUAAUAGUGGUUCGCCAGUAGUGAUUAUGCCUGCUGUUGUGAGACCCAUGCAAGUGGCAGCUGAGUCUGGAGGCACCAGCUCCCCUUCAGUAGUCAAACAAAUCCAAGAACAAGAAAAUAAACCUGCAGACAGCCCAAGACAGGCUAAGAAGCCUGAGCAACAGCAGAAUGAGAAGGAAGAGGUCAAGAAAGAAAAGAAGAAGGUCAAGAAACCAAAACCUCCAAAGGAGAAGACCCCAUGGACAGAACACAAGGCUCCUGAUGGAAGAACAUACUUCUAGAAUACAGACACCAAAGUUUCCACAUGGCAAAAGCCAGCAGAACUCAAGACUCCAGGAGAGGGAGGAGGAAGUGUCAGAUGAUGAAGAUGAAGAUGAAAACAAGGAAAGUGAUGAAAAAGAUGGCAAAAAAGCUGAUGAGGGAACUGCUCAAGAUUAUCCCAUGGCAAG